AUGCAGCUGCACCAUCCCGAAGACCUGACCGACGACGGCCUGCAGUGCUCUAAUGCAAGCUCCAACGAAUUCAUCUACAAUCCGGACAUGCAGCCCUACGGCCUCCUGGACUGGCAGAGGUCGAGGUCGCCUCCACGGGCUCACCGAGCGUCGUUCACCUCCGGUGUGUCGCUUAGAGAGAUUGCCUCCUCCUCUUCUUCCUCCUCUGAGCACCAGGGACUGGUGUUGUCGUCAGCCUUUCCGGUUCGUGAACCGGACAAGCACGAUUUCGUUGAAAAGCAGCCACCGCCUUCGCAGUCCCAGUCCCAGUCCCAGUCAGGCCAGACCAUCGACGUCGCGUUUCGUCAAAAGGUGGAAGACAUGGUGCAGGAGCUGCUUCGAUUUUACCACGUCGGCUUGAGCCUCAAGCUGCUGCAAGAAGAUCGGGAGCUUCAUAGCAAACUCAGUGCCCUGCAGCGGCACUUUGCCAUGGUCAAGAUCCACCCGCCCCAGGGCAGAAUCGAAAACUCUCUUCCGUCUCCCAAUUCUAGCGUUUUCUCAGAGGGUACAACUGGCAACGGCAAUGCUAUUGCCUCGGUCUCAAAGGCAGCCACCUUUUCGGUUACGGGGGAAGACUAUUAA